AUGUCCAGAGAAGAUCCCUUAAAGGCAGAGAAGGAUUUCUCCGCCACCCUCGAUGAACAAUUCCCCAUUAUUGCCGAGCUCUCAGACUACAAGCAAGCUAUUGACAAAUACCUUGUAUUAGAGAAGCAAACAAGACAAUCAUCGGACUUAGAGUCGUCCAAGCGUCUUCUUGUUAAGAUUGUGGACACCUUGGCGGAACACAGGGACUGGAACUACUUAAAUGAUUUGAUUUUGACUCUUUCCAAGAAGCACGGUCAAUUGAAAUCAUCCAUUCAAACAUUGAUUCAGCAAGUUAUCAGCAAGUUGGAGCUGAAGGAUUACUUCAACGAUGACGACAAGGAACAGCUCGACUGGAAAAUCAAGCUAAUUGAAACAAUCAGGACUGUUUCUGACAAGAAAAUCUUUGUAGAAGUCGAGAUGGCCACUGUUUCUAAGAUGCUCAGUGAGAUUCACUUGCACAAGUUCAACGACUUGGAUAAAGCUUGUUCCAUUUUGUGUGAUUUGCAGGUGGAAACCUACUCACUCAUGCCAUUCUCUGAUAAAGUGGAGUAUAUCUUGGAACAAAUCAGAUUGACUUUGAAAAAGGGUGACUACCUGCAAGGUAGAAUCUUAUCCAGAAAGAUCUUGUUGAAGACAUUGAAGGGGUUUGAAAAGGCGGAGCAAUACAAGCUGGAGUAUUUGCAAUAUCUUAUUGACAUUGAUGUCUUUGAGCACGACUACCUUUCGAUUGUUAAGAAUUCACUUUUGCUCAUUGAUUUGGAUGUUAUCAAGGCAGACCUGACGAGGUACGCUAAUAUCUUGACAGCUAUUGUAUACUAUGUUAUAUUAUCCCCUUAUGAUAACCUUCAACGUGAUUUGAUACAUAAAAUCAAGUUGGACGAAAACCACAAGUUUACCAAGAACAUUAGCAGCAAAGUGUUCGCACUCUUAGAAACAUUCACCACCAAUGAAUUGAUUCAUUGGUCAAACAUCGAAAGGUCAUACAAGUUAGAAUUCUUCGACAAGUCAGAGAUAUUUGCAUCUAAUGAAACAAACUACAAGAACUUGGAGAAAAGAAUAAUUGAGCAUAACUUGAGAAUCAUAAACAAAUACUACCAAUGUAUCAAGAUUGAUAGGUUGGCAUACCUUUUGCAGUUGAGCGUAAGUGAACUGGAAGUUUAUGUCAGUGAAUUGGUCAACAAGGGUAUGAUAAGCGCAAAGAUUAAUAGACCAGAAGGUAUAAUCAGAUUUGAAAACUUUGAACAACAUAACAGUAGUAGCGGAGGUGAUGGUGCUAAGAACGUCAAUGAGUUAUUGAACAGUUGGUGUUACGAUGUUGAUAAGUUGUUAGAGGAAAUUGAUGUCAUUGGACAUUUGAUUAACAAGGAAGAGAUGAUGAAUGGGAUUAAAGUAAAAUAA